GCUGGGGUGGCAAGUGAAGUUCGUUUGUUUUUGACUGCCAGAAUAUAUUUGAAACGUAAACGGAAUAUGUUUUUUGUUCUAUGAUUUUUAAAGCUUUGUAUUGAGAUCGUUAUUAAUGUAAUAAAUAAAUUUUCACUUUUCAAAACAGGAUCGAAUGCUCCCGUGUACUUUACAAUCUACCUAAUCUAUACAUAUAUACACUAGCCGCUAAACUUUCUGCAGUUGGUAGCAGUGUAAAACAGCACAUGUUAACUUUUGUAGCAGUACAGCAUUAGCCAGCUCCUUAUCACACGCGGCAACGGUUUCUGUUAUACACAUCUCGUCGGUCGUUAUUGUAAAAAAAAAAUAGUUCAUUUACGCCACAAAUCAGUACUUGUGGAAUUGUUUUUUUUAAUAAGUUUUUUAGCAUUAUAAAUUAUUAGAAAAAACAAAAUGAAGAUAGAUUUAAAAGAGUUAGCUGUUGAAUUGUACGAUAUUGGUGCAGUAAAGUAUGGAAAUUUUACAACAAAAGUAGGACUCCAAACUCCAAUUUACAUUGACUUGAGAGUCAUUAUUUCUUAUCCAGAUUUAUUGCGUCGCAUUUCCGAGUCACUUUUUAAUCUCGUGGAUAAAAAGGAGUUUAAUCACGUGUGUGGAGUGCCGUAUACUGCUUUACCUAUAGCCACAGUAAUUUCUACAGAAUCUAAUAUACCUAUGAUAAUAAGAAGAAAAGAAGCUAAGUCCUAUGGAACGAAGAAAAUGAUAGAAGGAGUUUUUAAAGCUGGAGAUACUGCUGUAAUAGUAGAAGAUAUUAUCACAAGUGGCUCCAGUGUCAUUGAAACUGUGAAAGACUUGCAGAAUGAAGGCCUUAAGGUCAACACAGCCUUGGUUAUUGUUGAUAGAGAACAAGGAGGUAAACAAAAUCUGGAAAAUGCUGGAAUCGUAGUGAAAAAUCUUUUCACAAUAACAGAAUUAGUUGGCUAUUUGCAAGAGGCUGGAAGAUUAAACGAAGAAUCAGUUAAAGUGGUAAAAGAUUAUAUCACAUCAGUUAAAGCACCACUGAAGAUAAAAGACUUUAACAAUCGUCUUAUACAGAAUUUUCUAGCGAGGGCUAAGAUGACAAAGAAUGCAGCAGCUGCAAAGUUAUUUAGAUUAAUGUCUGAAAAACAGACUACAUUGUGCCUGGCUGCUGAUUUUACAAAAAGCCAAGAAAUCAUUGAUCUUGCUAAUGUGGCUGGACCACAUAUUGCUGUUUUAAAGAUACAUGUAGAUAUCAUAGACGAUUUUGAUAAAAAUUUUAUCCAGCAGUUAAAGAGCAUAGCCACCAAAUACAACUUCUUAAUAAUGGAAGAUAGAAAAUUUGGAGAUAUUGGUCAAACUGUAUCUUAUCAAUAUAGAAAUGGAAUUUACAAUAUUGCUGAGUGGGCUGAUUUAAUCACUGUCCAUCCAGUUUCUGGCAAAGGUGUGCUUCAAGGAAUAAAACAAGGUCUUCAUGGAAUUUCAGAAGAUAGAGGCGUUUUUAUAGUAGCAGAAAUGUCAUCAGAAGGAGCACUUACUACAGGAAAUUAUCUCACAUCUGCAGUUUCAGACUCAAAGGACUCUGAUCUGACUAGUGGAUUUGUUUGCCAAAAUAAUAUAUUUGAUGAUGCUGGACUUAUUCAACUUACACCUGGCGUUCAACUUACUAAAUCUACUGAUAACUUAGGACAGCAAUACAACACUCCACAAGAUGUUGUUAGCAAAGGUGCAGAUUUGGUUGUAGUCGGUCGCGGGAUCACUCAAGCCAAUGAUAAAUUGAGUGCCGUUUUAGAGUACAAAAAAGUUCUCUGGGAAGCUUAUGAAACUAGAAUAAAACAAGAAUAGACAAAAAUAUUGUUUUUAUUAGUUUUGCAGCUAGCUAAACUAUAGCUGUAUUGUUUUAGAAAAACGGGUACUACAAUAAAUAAUUAAUAUGAAUAAUCCGAGUAAUCGUGAAUAGCAAAUUUUUAGCAAAUAUUUACAAUAAAACAGUGCAUUUUAUAUUAUAUAAAUAAUGCUAAUGCAGAUAUGAAAAUAUAUAUUUUCAAUGAAUUUCAUUGUAAUAAAUACACCUCUAAUAUUUUUUUAACAUAAUUUGUUUGUUCACAAAACAACAAUAAUAUAUUCUAUUUCAUAUUUUUGUAUACAAGAAAUAUUCGUAUAGUACAAGUGUGUAAAAAAUCGCGCUUAUGUAAAAUAAACUUUAGUAUGAAAGUCUACAACUUUGUUAUGCUUCUUUACUUUUAGUCAAUUCCUCUA